GGGGGCCGCGGAGCUGCCCUGUCGAGUCGAGCGGAGGAGGAAGCUGGGACUAGCGGGGCCGGAGGGCCUGGCUUCAGCACCCGGCGGAGCGCGGCGGCCAGCGGGGAGGGCCGAGGCCAGCGGCUCCGGGGCCAGCCGCCAUGUCCUCCACCGUGAACAACGGGGCGGCCGGCAUGCCGUCCCCACCGGACGCGGCGAACGGCUUCCCUCAGCCGGGGGCCUCCUCGGGGACCUGGCCGCGGGCCGAGGAGGAGCUGCGCGCCGCGGAGCCGGGCCUGGUAAAGCGCGCGCAUCGCGAGAUCCUGGACCACGAGCGCAAGCGGCGCGUGGAGCUCAAGUGCAUGGAGCUGCAGGAGAUGAUGGAGGAGCAAGGGUACUCGGAGGAGGAGACCCGACAGAAGGUCAGGACUUUCCGGCAGAUGCUGAUGGAGAAGGAGGGAAUGCUGACCAGGGAGGACCGGCCUGGGGGCCACAUCGUGGCGGAGACCCCGCGGCUGCUCGAGGGCGCGGAGCCGGGCCUGGAGUACGCGCCCUUGGACGAGGACGACGGCCCGGUGGACUGCGACUGCCCGGCCGCCUGCUACCGCGGGCACCGGGGGUACAGGACCAAGCACUGGUCCAGCAGCUCGGCGUCGCCCCCUCCCAAGAAGAAGAAGAAAAAGAAAGGCGGCCACCGGAGAAGCCGCAAAAAGAGGAGACUGGACUCUGAGUGCAGCUGUGGGAGCUCCUCACCCCUGCGCAAGAAGAAGAAGAGUGUGAAGAAGCACCGAAGAGACAGGUCUGAUUCUGGGUCCCGGAAGAAGAGACGACACAGAUCUCGAAGCCCCAAGAGCAAAAGGAAAGAGAAGAACAAAGAGAGGAAGAGGCCACACGCGGAGUCCCCGGGUCGGAGGCCCCGUCGCCACAGCAGCGGCAGCUCCCAGAGCCCCUCCCUCUCCUCCCACUACAGCGAUUCCAGAUCACCCAGCAGGCUGAGCCCCAAGCACCGAGAUGACGGGCGGAAGACGGGCAGCCAGCGGUCCAGCGGGAGCCGGUCGCCUUCCCCGUCCGGCGGCAGCGGGUGGGGGUCGCCCCAGCAGAACGGCGGCAACAGACAGCGGAGCGGAGCGCACGGGGGCCGCCCCGGCUCGGCGCACAGCCCGCCAGAUGUAGGUAUCCCGGCCCCGCUGUGCGCCCCGCCCCGCUCGCUCCCAUCUCCAGAUAAGCCCCCUGCCACUCUGCUUGGUUUGAAUGUGGUUUUCUUUCUCUCUCUUUCUCUCGAUCUCGCUCUGGUUGGUUUUCUCUCCUUCCCUUUUCUUUCUUUGUUUUACCCGCCCCAGCCCACUUUCUCCCUAGCUAAGCCCCUGUCGCCGUGCCUCUCCAGGACCAAGGAGCGGCCCCCGCGCGCUCGGCCGGCCAGCACCUCCCCGUCCCCGGGCGCGCACGGCAGGCACGGCGGCCCGGAGGGGAAGAGCUCGUCGCGCAGCCCGGGCCCCCACCCGCGCUCGUGGAGCUCCAGCCGCUCGCCCUCCAAGUCCCGCUCGCGCUCCGCGGAGAAGAGGACCCGCAGCCCCAGCCGCUCGCCGUCGCCCAAGAAAAACCUGGGCCGGGACAAGGACGGCGAAGGCCGCGCGAGGCACGCCGAGGCCGAGGCCGCCCGCGCCCGGCGCCGCUCCCGCAGCUACUCGCCCAUCCGCAAGCGGCGCCGGGACUCGCCCAGCUUCAUGGAGCCGCGGCGCAUCACCAGGUCCAGCCUGCCGAGUGGCCUGUGGCCGGCCUGGGGGCCGGGGGACCCCCUCCCCACAGGCUGCAGGGGAGAUGCCCAUUGCCCGAAAGCGUCCCAUCCCCUACUACCGGCCCAGCCCCUCGUCCUCCUCCAGCUGCCUGAGCAGCGACUACUCAAGCCGGAGCCCCAGCCGCAGCCCCAGUCCCGGUCACAGCCACGGAAGCUACAGCAGCCGCAGCCGCGGGACCCGCAGCCGCACGCGCAGCCCCUCCCGGACCCCCAGUCCCAGCUACCACAGCCGGAGCAGCUCAGAGAGUGGGGGCUUCUGAGCCCGGACAGACCCAGCUUGGUGCCCCCUGGCAUAGGGAGAGGCGAGGGGUCAGGCCCCAGGACCCGUGAGGGGGCCUGCACCCCACUGCUACAAGGGGGUCCCCGGGCCAGGGAAGACCUUGAGUGUGGGCGCCCUGCAGACAAGGAGGAGCUGGGUUCUGCUGCUUCUAGAGGGUCCCCACCCCCACCUCCUGCCUGCCCACCGUGUCCAGGGAACAAAGAGCCGUUGCGAACACAGGGAUCGCCCUGUCCCCCUUCCUGCUUGAUGCCAGCUCACCAGGCUGGGGACAGCUCGGUGGACCCAGGGACACCUCGGAAGGUGCCAGACCUGGAAGCCUCCCGCACCCACUCCACAGGGCCCUCGGCUCCUUUCUAUCAACGCGCAGACGAGGAGGUGGGAUGGCAGGCAGGAUCUAAGUUAGACAGAAGGAAGAACGACCUAACCCUUGGUGCAUCACCAUCCAAGCUGGGGAGCGGCUUCCUUCUGAGCUGGCUGCAGGAUCCUGGCUGAUGGCUGGAGGCUGGCCCCACAGCCUCCCCCGACCCCUCCCCUGGCCCAGGAGGACCCAGACUAGGUGGGCCCCUAAGCCCCAGCCUGAGGAGCCGGGGAGCUUACUCUUGGUCCCACCUCUCCCUUCCAGGCCAGGCUCUCCCCUUUGGCCCUCACCCCAUGCCCGGGGCCAAGGCCGCAGCAGCAGCCAGGCCUUCUGCAUGACAAGAGAUGGGAAGUAUAGACUAUGCUGCAUCCGAGCCUGACAUCAAAAGGGGUUCAGGUCAGAAGGUGAAGAGAGAAGAGGUAGAUGGAAGAGAGCCUGUGAGGAGUGGGAGAAGGCAACGCAGUCCGAUGACCGAGCAAGCCCUGGUGUCCCAGUGUGCCCUGUGUCUGGGACAUGGGCCAGAUGGCAGCACAGGGCCGCAGGUAUAGGAUAACAGGCACUUCGGGGCCUGCCCGAGGGAGCGCUUCCUUCUCGGGAUUUGGUGGGGAGGUAGUCAGUGGAGGCUACCCAGAGAGGGGUGCUACAGCAAAGGGUAAGAUCUAGAUGCAGGGCCUCGGCCUGGGACCUCGAGUGGCACCCCCCCCCCCCAGCCCUCUUCUGCUGCUCCCAGCCCACUCCUCCUGGGGCCCUCAGGGAUCUCACAAAGUCUUCCUUGGCCCAACAGGGCAUCUGCCCUGGGCUCCCACAGGGGGGGAGGGGUCUGGGGUCUGGUCCGGGUUCCCCCUCUCUCUAUUUUCCCCUCCCUCUUUCUCCGCGGUGCGGAUAAAAAUUGGACUCUAAUAAACACUCGGUGCCCGGAUGGCAGGUGGUGA